AAAAUGAGCGACAACCAUAAAGGCAGUCCUUCUGCUUCAAAAUAUCUUGUAUUAUGCAACUGCAGAGAUGCUACAUUUGGGUCAAACCUCCACAGAGUUACCAUUGAUGAUACAGUUUCAGACUAUCUAUACUCCUUAAACCCAAAAUUUGCCACUGGGAGGAUUAUCUUACUCAGAGAAAGCAAGAUACUUGUGAAAAAUUCCUACAGAAAGGAGCAUAAAAAGACCUAUGAUAAAGUCUACUGAAAGGCAUGUAACAGCAAUAUCGGCUAUGCUUUUACUCCAGUCCAGGUUCAAACCCACCAACAAGAAAGAUGUCAGAAAUCUUUUCAACUAAAGAAAGAGAUAAAAGAGGAAGCUCUAGGAAAAAGCAAUCAGGAGAAUUUGCACCCGAGCAGCCAUAUUGCAUCAGCAGUCAAUGUCUCAAACACACUUAUCCAAAAGAGGCUUUCCUUCUGUAGGACUUACCUUUUACUCCGUAAAAAUCUCAGAAGAAUGGAGAAUUUCGACAUAAUUCGGGAGAAGUUUCAAGCUGAAUACUAUGGGUAUCCCUCAGAAGAUUCCUUACCACACCAGAUCUCAGCGGGUGCACUCAGUACAGAUCAUACUACCAACGAAGGAGGGAAUAGGAUACUUCGAAGUACAGAAGAGUCGAAGACCAAAGAGGGGUCCCUCCACUCUUGAUACCCUAAUAUAUUCAGAACUAAGGACCAGUCUAGCUCCAUUCGUGAUAGUGACCUCAUGAUCGAGUUGAGCAAGGAAAAAUAAGCGUAGAAGUUCUUCAUGAGGCAAAAUAAGAGACAUCCACCUCCAUAAGACUUCCUUUGUAGACUUGAGAAGUGAGUUUAAAACCCUCAGAGACAAAAGACCGGAUAGUCAAGUCAACAGGAUUAGUAGAGAAUAUCAAGAGUCCAAGGCAAGUGAGAAUGAGUCCUCCUCCAAAGAACUAGCAAGUCUUCAAAAGAAAUUUGAAGAGUUUCAGAAGCAUACAAACAAAAGAAUAGAACAGUUAGAAUCAUACAUUUUUGAUCACCGUAAAGAUAUACCCAGUGCAGCUCUCAGCACCAAGAGCAAAUUCAAGGAUAAGUUAUCCCCAAUACAAGAUAAUUGAGAAGACCAUGACUGCCACUGCUCGCUAGACGAUUACAAACCAAAAAGAAAGGCUAAAAGAAGUGAGACUGACAUAACAGAAAAUGAGUUUGAACUUAUAACUUUAGUGAGAGAGAUGGUUAAACAGAAGUAAUUACUUUUCAAAAACAUCUGCUUAUUUAGAGCACUAUCCCAUGUCUC